AUGUCCCCCGACCGAGGACGGUCGGCAGCAGCUUCCUGUGAGGACCUGAGUUUGUUUGUCCCGCAGCUCCCCGACCUGAAGGACGCUGAGGCGGUGCAGAAGUUCUUCCUGGAGGAGAUCCAGCUGGGGGAGGAGCUUCUGGCUCAGGGAGACUACGAGAAAGGCGUGGACCACCUGACCAACGCCAUCGCCGUGUGUGGUCAGCCUCAGCAGCUGCUGCAGGUGCUGCAGCAGACUCUGCCUCCACCCGUCUUCCAGAUGCUGCUCACCAAACUGCCCAGCAUCAGCCAGCGCAUCGUGAGUGCACAGAGUCUGAGCGAGGACGAUAUAGAAUGAGACGACCCCCCCCCAAACACUCAACCUCCCCUUCCUCUUCCUCAUCUGGACCUUCCAAGACGACCCCCCCCCCCCCCGAGGCCUCCAUCACUUCCUGAAGGGGAGCUGGUUUCUUUCCUACUGGUUCAUCCAUGACAGUAAUGUUUGGUCCUUUUUGACCUGAAGGACCCGUUUUGGGGUCUUCAGAGUCUCUGGGUCAUGACGUAGGCGUGCACUCUGCAGGUGGAGCGUGUUACCGUGAAGGGGCUCCUUCCUCCUGGGUGGUGGAGCACACGUCCUGACAGCCUCACGUACCAGGGUUACACCGUCUGACGGGUCGGUACCGACCGUCUUCCUGCUUCUCAUCACAUCACAAACAGGAAUCUUCUCUUUGCUCGGAUGCUUCAAAGUAUUUAUUGUGUUGUUUUCUUUGUUAUCAGUCGUCUUUCUGUUGGUUCUCGACUUUUAAAAAGUGGUUUUAUUUUGUCAUUUUAAAGAGGACGACCGUCUUUAGGAAAAUAAAAAGGAAUGUGAAGGAAGGA